UUCUCUUUCAUGUCCACAACAAACCCCUCGCGAUCCUCCAUAAAAGAAAAAGCCUCCACUCAAAAACUUCUGCUCUCAUUCUCUGAAACCUCUUAAUCUUUGGAAAAUGCGUGAGAUUCUUCAUAUUCAGGGAGGCCAAUGCGGCAACCAGAUCGGUGCCAAGUUUUGGGAGGUGGUUUGUGCCGAGCACGGGAUAGAUUCCACGGGACGGUACCAAGGAGACAACGAGUUGCAACUGGAGCGCGUCAAUGUUUACUACAAUGAAGCGAGUUGCGGGAGGUUCGUUCCACGCGCCGUCCUUAUGGAUCUCGAGCCUGGUACUAUGGACAGUGUUAGAUCGGGGCCGUACGGGCAGAUUUUCAGACCCGACAACUUUGUUUUCGGGCAGUCCGGUGCGGGGAAUAACUGGGCCAAGGGUCAUUACACGGAAGGGGCUGAGUUGAUUGACUCAGUGCUUGAUGUGGUGAGGAAAGAAGCCGAGAACUGUGACUGCUUGCAGGGAUUUCAAGUAUGCCACUCAAUGGGAGGUGGAACUGGGUCAGGCAUGGGAACACUUCUCAUUUCCAAGAUCAGAGAAGAAUACCCAGACAGAAUGAUGCUCACCUUUUCUGUGUUCCCAUCCCCUAAGGUGUCUGACACUGUUGUUGAACCUUACAAUGCCACUCUCUCUGUUCACCAGCUUGUUGAGAAUGCAGAUGAAUGCAUGGUUUUGGAUAAUGAAGCUUUGUAUGAUAUUUGCUUCCGAACUCUCAAGCUCACCACUCCAAGCUUUGGAGACUUGAACCACCUGAUUUCUGCCACCAUGAGUGGGGUAACUUGCUGCCUCCGUUUCCCUGGUCAACUCAACUCAGAUCUGCGCAAGCUUGCUGUUAAUCUUAUUCCAUUCCCUCGGCUGCAUUUCUUCAUGGUUGGCUUUGCUCCACUUACAUCUCGAGGGUCCCAACAGUACAGGGCCCUUACUGUACCAGAGCUCACUCAACAAAUGUGGGAUGCCAAGAACAUGAUGUGUGCUGCCGAUCCUCGCCAUGGCCGAUACUUGACUGCUUCAGCCAUGUUCCGUGGCAAGAUGAGCACCAAGGAGGUUGAUGAACAGAUAAUUAAUGUGCAGAACAAGAACUCAUCCUACUUUGUGGAGUGGAUCCCCAAUAAUGUGAAGUCUACCGUUUGUGAUAUUCCUCCAACUGGUUUGAAGAUGGCCUCAACAUUCAUUGGAAACUCAACUUCAAUUCAGGAAAUGUUCCGGAGAGUCAGUGAGCAGUUCACAGCUAUGUUCCGUAGGAAGGCUUUCUUGCAUUGGUACACUGGAGAAGGUAUGGAUGAGAUGGAGUUUACUGAGGCUGAGAGCAACAUGAAUGAUCUGGUUUCUGAGUACCAACAAUACCAAGAUGCAACAGCUGAUGAGGAGGGGUAUGAAUAUGAGGAAGAGGAGGAUGAACUUCAGGACGACGCCUAAUAGUAGUGUGUUUGUUUCUGGCUUUUUGUUUGCUGCCUUAAUAUUGUGGAGUUCUUUUUUUUUUUACCUGAAUACCUUGUUUGGGUGUUUGGAUUGUGGUUAUGUGGCUAGUCUCCUGGCUUAUGGUUUUUGUUUGCUUAUGGUAGUUUAGAGAGUUUUGUUUACGAACAUCUUUACCAUCAAUAGUUGGUGAAUGCAUAUGGAUUUUCAACUUAAAUCAUUUGCAAUGGUUGUAUUGCAUGUUAUUUUUGGUAAUGUUAAUCUGCCUUGGUUGAAGAGAA